AGGUAAAUGAAUAUCGAAAGCAGAGCAAGUUCAAGUUGUACCCUCGGGCGUGAUCCACGCAGGUCGUUUGUCAGAAGUUGAAGAUGCCCCUGCUAAAGAGCAAACCCACAGUGGAGGACAAACUGUGGACGCAGCGCAUCGAGCGGGAGGUCUACGCACAAACAAGGCCUGUAUAUGAAAAAUACUACAAGGGCAAGGAGCACUACCACCGGCCGAGUUUUUCGGAUUCGCAGGAUUCCGCACAGGAGCUGAUCAAUGGGUGCAACACAACUUUGUUUUUCGCCGUUUCAUCAUCUUCUCGUACUUUGUUUAUUUGACGGUACUAUUCCCAUCGUCCGAUCCUGAGGCUUGUUCCUGGUCGCCUCGUGUGCUUUCUGCGUUCCCAGUAAAAUUUUGAAUUAUCCGUACCAGGUUCAAGCGUGUCAAGAGUUCUCCCAGUCUCGCGGGCUCAGAAGCACCAGGGAGCCAGGCAGCUAAUCACGUCGUAUUGCCCCGCAGAGACAGCAAAUCCUCCUACUUGACGGGCGCACCGUCAUCAUGCGCGGGGGCCUCUGUUGCGAGGUAUUUUUUUAUGCGGAAAGGUCAUCCGUGACUGCGUUUUUCUUGCACCCAAGUACUCCUGCUCGGAUUACAGAUAUGCAUUUGCAUGACAAGAAAAACAAUAACUUCUCGAAGAUUGCCGCCUGUGCAUUUUGUGAGAUGAUUGCGUAAUCGACGUUCUUCUUCGUGGUAUUCGAUUCAUAAUCAAGUACGCGCGCCCAUAUAAUAUAAUUCAGAGCGCUCUCCGGUUGUGGGUCCGUGGCUGGUUCGCAGCACGCAAAACCGAAAUCAACUCGUGGUGGCGGGGGUAGCAGCACCGCAAGUACUAGCAAAAUCCUCGGCUCGCAGACCUCCGCGCAGUUGCGCCAGAGCGUCCAGAACCUGGUGAAGGAGGAAGUACAGAAGCUGCUGGAACCGAUUCAGGAAGAGAUCUCCUUGGAACGAGAUCUACGCAAGAAGGCCGAGUCCGAAUUGGAGUCCCUUUCGGGAAAACUCUAAGCAGGGUGGUGUUUUCACAGCAGACGACACGCACACGAUGUUUACCGGAGAAGAUACAGACAGGAAACCGACUUGCGCGAGCGCGAAGUAGGCCGCAUACACUGAUGCAAUGAAUUGAGAGACGCACGGAUUUACGUACAAGCCGCCGGCAAGUUUUCAUGUACCAAAAAUGUACAAAUCAAAACCAAAAGAAGCAAUAUGGCAAGCCUCAUCUUCUAAUUGUACUACCUUUUCGAGAAGAAGAAUUGUUUCUGUCCCAUUGUAGAAAGCAACACCUUUCAAGAAUAUCACCUCAAAUUUUGCUGUUGGAAUCUCUGAACAAAAUAGAAAUGCGAACAAGUAUGAAAACCUGAACCUGAUCAUGAAUGAUAAUGAAGCGCUGGGCCCAGCAACGACGCAAAGCAAAUGAACCGGAGUGCGCCAUGUCCAUCAGAAGAUGUCAGGGAAAAAUCAGGGUAGGACCUGUUCCGGGUGCCUGGCCUGCCUAUCGAAAAAUCAAAAGAAGUUGCAAGGAAGCCAUUAUUACAUCGCAGCCGGUUAGGCACAGGCCAAAAUGGGAGAAACAGUAGCGCUUCGACCUGUUUAGAGCAAGAGGCAGGUCAUCUGGUUUCUUUGCUGCUCCGAUAGAUCAUUUUGCCUGUCGUCGGUUGUGAAGAGAGACGAUUCAUGAGAUUUCAAUUUGUUUGAAUUGCAUUUUAAU